AAUUUUGGGAUUGACAUUGCGAGAAUUUCCCAAAGUGGAAAAGUCAAUAGCAGCUUGGAUAGUCACGCGUCCUGCGAUCGACCACAACAGCAGCUCUUGUCAGUUCCCGACAGCAAAUCUAAUCACUAUGCACAGUCGAAGGAUCUCUGGGACUUCGGUCUUUUCACCUUCUCCAUCAAUCAGUACGCCGCUAGCAUCCAGUGCUUUAGGCAAAAGGCCAGCCUCAGAAGCGGGAGUGACAGAUACUGCUGGACCUUCUCGGCGCCCAGGACCCCGAUUAUCGACCAGCGUGACGUCCCUUCAGCGAUCCCUGUUGGAGGCUAGGACGAAAAUCAUCGAGUACGAGCAGCAGAUGGAGGAGCAGAGAAUAGAGAAUGAGAGGCUCAAGAGUGAACGAAUGAUUUUACUCGAUGGCGAGACGAAUGAGAGAGAGACGGGCGAGCAGAGAGAGAAGGAGUGGGGCGAGGAGAGGUCGAGAUUAGGUGUCCAGAUCAAAGAUCUUCGACUGCAGAACCUCAAGUUGUCUGAUUCGCUGGAGAAGCUGCAAUCAGAACAUAGCAAGUUGAAUGUCAAGUUCUCCAGCCUGUCACUCAGCUCGGAAUCGCGAAUCGGAUUAUUGGAAAGCCAUCUUCAAGAGGCCGAAGAGGAAAAAGAGAGACUGAAGACGUUUCAAAGACGGGCACAAGGUCUCUCCAUUCAACUGGAAGAGGAGAAACGCCGAGCAGCCGCUGGUCGAGGCCAGCUCGAAGAAGUCAGGGAGAAUGAGCAGGACAAGGAACUGAGGGAAGCGUUGAGGAAGCAAGGUCAGACGCUGUCAAGUCUGAGAAAGGAGAAUGAUAGUUUUAAAGCAGAGGUUCAGGAAGCUCGACAACGGCGAAAGGAGCUGGAUGCGACGGAGCGAGCACACAAGGACACGGAGAUGGCACUCAAGGAGGAAAUUCACAGCCUGAGGGAUCAAUUAGGCAAGGCUCAUAGGGAUAUGGACUCGCUCACCAUCAAUUUCACCUCCGCCAGUGCCUCGCCAUCUGCAGAUGCAACCACCUUGCAACAGAGGCUUCAAGCCUUGACCACGCUGCACAAAGAAGCCAGCGCCAGCCUCGCGGAGAAGGAUGCAGAGAUUCGCUCGCUCCAUAACAGACUCGGCAGCUUGUCAGGUAGCAGUCAAGCUGCUCUGGCGGAACUCACUAAGCGGAACAGCGAGCUUGAGCGGGAAUAUCGGUGGGCAAAGGAAGGUCGUGUUGUCGCCGAGAGGAAUGAGGCUCUGGCAAAGAAGGAGGUAGAGGCUUUACGUUUGGCCGAGGAUGGACCUGUGAUGCCUGGUGGCGUCUCAAGCUCAGGCGACCAGUCUCAAAAGAUUCGACAGCUUGAGGAGCUUCUCAAGACGUACAAAACAGAGCUGGACGGGAUGUCGAGAGACUCGAGGGAUGUAGAAGCCCGCCUGACUCAAGGAGCCGGACUGGUUAAGCAGACUGAUCUAGAGGAAUCGCAGGCCAGAGCAGAGAGGCUGGAGGAUGAACUAUCAUCCUUACAAACGGUCAUUGCGGAACUGACCUCGGCAAAUACGACACUUGAUGCCGAAGUCAACGAUUUGAUGCGUCGGGUGGCUUCUGGCGAGUAUAAUCCCGACUCAGAGCGGUGCCUAGAAUUACGAAAUAACCCAGCGGCCAAGAUACACGCCAUACGCAAGGCUCAGCUGGAUGCUUUGACAAGGGAGAAUGAGGCUCUACUGGAGAGAUUGAGCUCAAGCUCGUCCAGCAGCAAUGGCGAAACGACGGUUCCUCAAGAGAGCUAUGAACGUCUAAAAAGGGAAAAGGAAGAGUUGGAGCAGAGUCACGCAAAGCGAUUACUAAGAUUAAAAGAGAUCUUUGGCAACAAAUCCAAAGAGUUCCUCGAAGCUGUCUAUUCGCUCCUCGGCUGGAGGAUCAAAUUCGACGAAUCCGGCGCGGAUAUCCGCUUAACAUCCAUGUACGCUCCAAAAGGCAAAAUGGGUCUCACUUUGAAAUUUGCAUCUCAAGAAGGUCAUUUCGGGACCAUGCAGAUGACUGGAGCGAUGGCGAAGGGAUUAGAGGACACUAGACAUUUCUGGAUUGUCGAGAGGCAGAGUGUUCCGGGAUUCUUGGCUCAGAUCACCACCGAGAUGUUUGAGAAGACGACGAUUGGCAGAGCCGCGGGAUAUGUCGGAUUAGAGUAGAUGAUAGAAUUUGCUUUGGGGU